AUGGCCGACUUUAAAACAUUAACUGACAAGCUCAUUGUCUCCUACGCGAAGUCAGAACUAUCCAAGGCGCACAAAACUGCCGAGAAUGUCAACUACAUCCAAGACGUUGCUCGGGUCCCGCUCAUCAACUCGAUCCAUUCCAGCGUCGACUACUUGCGCCCCCACAAGGACAGCGCGAGGAUCGACAUCGCCUUGGACAAGAUUGAUUUGGCAAAGAUAUACGCAAACGUGGACAAACUCGAAAAGGACAGCAACAGGGACCCUGCUUUGAGAUACGAUGAUCUUGUGGUGAAGGAGCUCUUGCGAUAUUUCAAACACGAUUUUUUCAAAUGGGUCAAUGUGCCCGAAUGUCCAUGUGGCUCGGAUAGAGUUGUGUCGACAGGGGCCAUGCGCCACCCGCCAGGCCGCCCCAAUCCUGAUCAAAUAUCCAUCAUUGAGAUGUACAAGUGCCAAAACUGUAGCAGGGAUAUCCAAUUUCCAAGGAUCAACAAUGCUGUCUCCUUGCUUGACAGCAGGCGGGGGCGAUGUGGCGAAUGGGUCAAUGCGUUUCUACUUCUUUUGGAGGCGUUGAUAGGAGAGGGGAAAGACCGGGUGCGAUAUGUGUGGAAUCCAGAAGACCACGUCUGGUGCGAGUACUAUUCGCUGGGAUUAAAGAAGUGGGUGCAUUUGGACCCAUGCGAGGCUGUCUUUGAUGAGCCCCGCUUGUAUUGCGAAAACUGGGGCAAGAAAAUGUCAUUUGUGUUUGGGUUCAAUGACAACACGGUUGUUGAUUUGAGUGAUAAAUACAUAACAAAGGAAAAGAAAAUAUUGACUGCGCUUGACCCCAAGCCAGUAGCCAGUACCGUUGCAUGGUUGAAUGCAAAGAAAUUGGUGCUGUUUUACCAACAAGCUCGAGCUCAGGGCGCAAGUAAGGAGGAGCUGCUACGUCAAGUUUACCAUGAAGUCAUCGUUCCUCGCAACCGGGAACUUUUGGUGGAAAACAAAGCUUCAGCGGCAACGGCAACUUCGACUAGGUCUGAUAUACCUCAGGGAAGGCAGACUGGCUCUGCCGAAUGGACAAAGGCUCGUGGCGAAAGUGGAUAG